GUCCCUUCUACAACAUCUCCAACAAGUACUCGUGUAGCCUCCGCUGGAAGACCCCUAAUGAAAGAAAAGUCUUAUUUCUCCCUUAAUAGGGGGAUACUGUAAGCUCCCUGAGGUCAAGAAGUGUGGUUUUUUCUUUUAGGCACUUAACAAGUAUCUGUGCAAAUGAGUUGAAUGUUUAUUCUCCUUUCCCUUGUAAGUUAACCCUAGAAAAUGCACUCAUGUAGCCUGUAGGAUGUAGCGAUGGGCAGAAGGGAAGAAAGGAACAGCUGCUAGAAUUAGAUGUCCAAUCACAGUGGCAGCAGAAGCCAAAGGGAGGUCAUCGGGAAUUGUGGAGGCUUUUUUUCUGAUCCCAGAGAUCAAAACAGGUUCAAGGCCUAGGAAGAUCUAGGAAAUUUGCUGGCUUUGGGUUGGGGCUCAAGUAUCAAAUUGAAAACAACAAAACACUUAUUUAGGACCUACUUUGGAAACGUUCUGUGCUAAGUGAUACAGAUACAAACACAAAACCAAAAUGGGUCCCUGCCCAUCAGAAAAUUACAUUCUAUUGCUGUGACAUGGUAUGAGUGCAGACAGACACAGAAGAGAAAGAAGAGAAGAGAAAGUUCAUUAACCAAUGGUUUGUGGGGUGUAAAUCCAGAGGCUUUGUGAAGGAGGUGGCACCUUUAAAAAACAUAAGGAUUCUAAGAAGUGGAGGUAAGAAGGAAGAACAUUUCAGGAAUGAAGGAAAGCUUUGUACAAAGGCAGGGAGGUGAGAAAUAGCAUGCCAAGUUCAAAGAACAUCUAGUAGUCCAGUUGAACUGUAACAUAAAAUAUGUGAAGAGCAGUGAUUUGCAAAUAAGGUUGAAAAGGCAGGCCAGAACUUGUAACAAUACUUGGUGGUAAUGUGAAAAUGAGGGUACUUUCCCUUUAAAUUCUAUGAAAUAUUAUCCAGUUUGUACUGGAAAAGUGUUAACUCAGAUUGAAGACCUACUUUUUCCCGAAUUGGGAAGGUAAACUAAGGGAACAUUAGGGCUAUUUUUACCUAAGGUAAGGCACCUGGGUACUUUAGAGAGCAGUGCAAACCGGGGGUGGUGUGUUUGGGGUGUAGGGAGGGGUGGGGAAGGAGUAGGAGAUGGGGAGGGAAGAAGGAUGCAAAGGUCUACUGGGGCUUAGUUUUUAACAAAGGAGCUAAGAUCCUUGGAAGUUAACUGAAGGUCACAGAAACCUGAGGCCCAGGGCUGGAGGGUAAUGAGAGUUGCCUUCCAGGCUUUGAAGGCCUGCCAUGUGGAAGAGCAAUUGGACUAGAAUUAGAAGCAGUGGAGGCUCACAAGAAAGUUUCAUUUCAAAAGAAGCAAAAAACAAUUAGAGCUUUCCAGAAGGGGAAUAGGCUGCCUUGGGAGUCCCCAUCCCUAGAGAUGUCCAAGAUGGGGCUGGAUGAUCAUUUGUUGGGGAUGCUGUAGUAGCAACUCUCAUUCAGGGACAGAGUGGACAAGUGACCUUGGUUCCAAAAUUCCUUCUGGCUGAGAUACACCUCACAGCACCAGCUGAGCAGAGGGGAUGUGCUAAAGCCCAACAGAGUCAAGGAGAAAGGGCAAGGUAAGCCCUGAGCAAAAGGGGAAAGGGAAAGCUUGAACUAUGGGGCUCCUAAAGGGAGACUGGGAGGAAAGUCAUCGAGAGCUUGGUGGUCCCAAGUGGCAAGCAGCAAUGUUAACAGUCCUUCGUAGGCAGGCAGUCUGUCCUAGGCACCUAUCUACCUCUAAGCUAUUAGAAAAGGCAGUGUUUGGCACAGUAUCUGGCACACGGUAGGUACCUGAUAAAUGUUUACUGACUGAUGGAUAAAUCCCUAGGCCUCAAGAGUAAGAGGCUCGAGGGAGAGGAAUAUUGCCAAUGUUAUGUUUCUAUUUGAUUAAUCUCUCCAACAUGAUGCCACGUCACCUUUUAUGUAACAUUCUUAUAUGCAUGCUAAUUCAAUUAAAAAGGUUAACUUGGUUGUACCACCUCCAUCUCCCUCACACAUAUAAUACUCUAUGCUCUCCAACCUCCUGGCCUUUUGUGUGUCUGCAAUGUCACCGUGGCUGCAUAAAAAGAACCUUCUAUUUGCAAAAAUGAGACUUAUACUCACGUUCUGCCUCCAUCGUUUAAUUACCUGUGUGACCUGAUGUAUAUCCUUUAACCUCCCAGGACAUCAGUUUCUUUGUAAAAUGAGGGGCUUCGACUAGAAAUGCCAUCUAGUGUUCCUUCUCUAAAUCUAUGAUUAUUUCUCCCAUUCUUAGAAUUCUUUCAAGUUCAAAUCAAAUGCCUUGCACUCCAGGAAACCUUCCUUGAUCUCCCCAAGUUGGUAACAUCCUCCCUCCACUACCUUACAUAGUACUUUGUUUGUACUUACUUCUCUGGUGCACCUAUCAUGCAAUAUCCUCUACUGUAGUCAGUUCCUUUUGGGAACUCCCUACUCUCUCCAUCUCAUUAAUUCCCUCAGCUUCAACUACCUUCUCUUUGUAUGGGACUCCCAAAUCUCCAGCCCUGGUUUCUCUUUCUGAGCUCCAGCUGGGCACCUCUGACUGCCUCCAGGACAUGUGCCAUUGAUGUCCCACCAGGCCCUCACUCUCAGAAAGUUCCAAAUUGAACUACCAGGAUUUGGUACUAGGAGGGACCUGAGACACAUCUAGUUCAACUCUCAUUUUACAGACAAGGAAACUAAGGCCCAGUGACUGACAUGCCCAAGGUUACACAAUUAGAAAGUAACAGAGCUGGAAUUCAAAACUAAUGAUCUUCUCCACCAAACCUUCACCUUGUUUUGAUUUUACAGCUCUGGGUAGGUCCACCAUUCAUACAAAUUUUCUAUGUCCUAAUCCUAAGCAUAUCACAGACUUUUCUUUCCUUUCUCCACCUCCUGCCCCCCCCCCCCCAAAAGAAUUCUCACAGAUCAGAUCCUGCUGAUUCCACCUCUGCCUUCCUUGGCAUCGAUGACUAUGAUGGACCCUUCCCCUAUCUUGCUAAGGAACUAGUACAUAAUGGUGCCUGCAAUAACUGUUGCCAGUCCAAGCGGGUAUACUAACCUUGGAAGACCAUGUGUGUAUAUGUGUGCAUUUUGCUUCAUUAAUUGUAAAACAAGGGGGAUUGUUUAGCUCCUGGGACCUCCAACUGUGUAGUGUCCAAUAAUCAGACUGUGUCCUUUAGCAUGCUUCUCUUUGGGUUCGUGUAGCAUGUCCUAGAGGAAACUAGCUUCAUUUUCUGGGAUCCUAAUGGAGGUCUCCACUGCUCUGGGUCUGUGGAGGGCAAGAGGAAAUUAGGGACUGCUUUGAGAAGGUCAGGUUCCUAGGGAUGGUCAGUGAUGAGAACUGGCCCAAGAUUGGUCUGGCUGGACUUAUGUUUGGUUCCUGUUACUAAUAAAAAGUAGGAUCUACUAGGGAAGAUACCAAGUCCCUUCCAUUCUCCACUGACCUGGGAAAUCAAUAGCUUACCUAGCUGGAUUGGGGAAGACAGUGAUGCUUAGGGAUUCUAUCCAGAGUGGGGACACUGACUCCAAGAGUAUAGACACCCCAACUGGAUCAAAGAUCCUAAAGUUGGGACUUCAGGGAUCAUUCUACACCUGGGACUGUGACACUGAGUGUGGGGUGGUUUGGCAAACAUGCCACACCUCAACCUGAAAGACAUUGACCCUUGAGGGGCAGAUGCCUUGACCAGAUAGAUGGAAUAUGCUGAGCACAGAAGAAUGGAUGUCCUGUUCUGGGGGGGGGGGGGGGGAACGACACCAAAAAAAAGAAAAAACCCCCCCACUAAAAGAUGAACAUCCUUUCCUGAGGCAGAACACUACCCCUAGGAGGAAAGAUGCCUCUACCAGAGGCCCAACAUCAGUAUCCCUGGUGGAAGAAAUACUCUGGCCCCAUCCAGAGUGGGAGUCUGGUAGCAUUGCUAUGGUUAUGGAGCUGCAUGUAGUGUCUCAAAAUAGAACGUUGUAUAGGUCAUAGUGGACCCUACCAGAUUCCAGUGGCUCACUGUUGGGAGAUCAGUCCUAGGAGAUGGGGGCAGAGUUACAGCUGAUGACAUUUCCCAGACUGACUGUAAAGCCCUCCAGGCUCUCCAAAUCUCCAAGAACAAUGGGUCCUGCCUCUUUCCGGAAACUAGGCGGGGCUUGCCCCAGGUUUGGCUCUGGUUUUCUCUGGUUUUGGGUAUAGCCCUGGGAUCCCUAUCAACUGCCGUGACGGUUGAACUUCUUUGGAAGGCAGUCCUGGGUGGAAGAACAGGGCAGGUACAUGGCUCAUCAGUUUCAGGCUCUAGCUCCACUGGGUCACCCAGUCUUUUAAUCACCACACAAAGAACCUUUAAGUGGUAGUGCCAUGUGGACAUUGGGAAGGGAGAGAAGCAUCACAAGACCAAGAUGUCUAGGACUUUAGGACUGGGGUGGGUGGGUGAGGAGGAGGAAUUAUUCUCCUCUCCUAUUCCUCCACUAUCUUCCUGGAGGGAGCCCUGAACAAUAGUAGAAACUGAGAGAAUUCAAAAGGCUUGGACAGAGCGCUUCUAAUAAAAGUAUAGUCCCUCUUGUCCAUCCUGGGGUACAGGGCAGAGCUAGGAUCCCAUUUCAUCUAACUCUGGGAAACAAAACCCUUUCAGUUGCCCUUGGCUGUUAACCUCCCCCCUUUAGCUCUCUGGGCAAGACAAUGGGGCAUUGAAUUAGGUUCCCUAGAAAGGGCCCCUUGUUCUUAGACCUUCCCCUCACCCCAGGACCAUCUAGAGCCUGUCCUGCCCUUGUACCUCAUUUUCCUGCUUUGUCCCCAGUACUAUCCCCAGCCUGGCCCUUGUACCUCUUCCUCUUUCCCCUUGCUACUGUCUUGCUUUUCCUGAUCUUCCUCUGGGGUUCUUCUGUCUGACUCCCUUAACCCAGUUCCACGGCCCUUAAGGGCUAGGUAGAAGAGCAUGCAGUAGGUGUAUGGAAACCAUAACUGCUUGGGUCCAGAAAACUGCCCUGGUGUGGCAGGGAUUGAUUUCACUUCUUUACAUUCUCCAAACCUUCCCUCAGAAACCAGAAAUGAAAACCAACAGGCAAGCGUAGAGAGUGAAAGAUGGAUAGAAUUGUGCAAGAGUGGGAGGGACAGGCUUGGGGACAAAGGGGAGAGGCCUAAGUGACUCAUAAGGGGCAGUCCCUGCCCAGGUCCCACCUUCCCUCCCUCCAUAUAGCUGUGUUUGUACCCAGCGUGUUAUUGCUCCUUCUACCCUUCAUUGGAUGCAGCCAUGGCUCCCAGCUCCCGGUUCUUGCUACCUGUCUCUUUGCUGAUCUUAUUUCUGGCUCUAGUGGCUGCAGCGGAAGAUCCGUUGUCAAACAAGCGUACUCUGCAGACGGAGGAUGAAAACGAGGGAAAUGGUUUAGAGUCUGAGUCCCUAGACAACCCUGAUUCUGACUCAAGCCAGAAUUUUGCUGGCGAGGACGCAGGCAGUGAGGAGACAGCUGACAUGGAAGAUGAAGCAGAGGAGAAUGAGGAAGAUGAAUCUCCCUUUCAGAAGGCCCAAGGUUUAUGAAGCUGCUGCCAGAAGCCUCUGCAGAGAAUCAGUCCUUGGGCCCGAUAUGCUGUUCCCUCUUCCUACUUUAUUCCUAGGUGAUAGGGAGUAUUUGCCCUAUCCUCU